AGACACCAAAACAAGCGCAAUCCCCCCUGCACACUUUUGUUUGAAUGUGAAAGAAGAAAGGAAGAUGAAAAUCUAAAUGCAAUGUUAAAAUGCCGACUUGCUGGCUUGUUAGCGAAGAGGGGAUUCAUAAACCAAUUCUGCUGCCUCACUUACAAACAGUUGUCCUGGGUCGAUGUCCAGAAACGACUAUUAAAGACAAAAAAUGCUCCCGGCAGCAAGUUGAAUUGAAAGCAGAGUGCAACAAAGGUUAUGUCAAAGUUAAACAGCUUGGUACAAAUCCCACCUCCGUAGACUCUGUAGUGGUGGGUACUGGCAAUGAGGUCAGGAUAAAGCCUGGACAGCGGCUUCAUAUUGUCAAUCAGCUCUAUCCAUACACAAUUCAGUUCAAGGAGGAUCCCACUGGCAAAAAUAGUGGUGCCAAAAGACCCAGAGAGUCAGCCUCAGAUGACAGAGAGAGCCCUAGAGAGGCACAGAAAAUGAAAGCAGCCAAACUGACUGAAAAGGUCCCUGCGUUGGUCAACCAUGGAGAAGCCCAGAAAAACACUGAAAGAGUCGGGCUUUGGAGUCAAGGUUUGAAAAUUUCAAUGCAAGACCCAAAGAUGCAGCUAUACAAGGAUGAUAAAGUAGUAGUAAUCAAAGACAAAUACCCCAAAGCUCGCCACCACUGGCUCGUCCUGCCAUGGCAGUCCAUCCCCAGUCUGAAGGCACUGUGUGAGGAGCACUGUGACUUGGUCAAACAUAUGCAGCAAGUGGCCGAUCAGAUGGUUCAGCAGUGCCCCGAUUCUAGCUCCCUCAGCUUCCGCACUGGGUACCAUGCCAUCCCAAGUAUGAGUCAUGUCCAUCUCCACGUGAUCAGCCAAGACUUCGACUCUCCUUGUUUAAAGAACAAAAAGCACUGGAACUCUUUUACAACUGACUAUUUCAUUGAGGCUAAUGAUGUCAUUCAGAUGCUUGAAACAAAUGGAAGGGUCACAGUAAAAGAAGGCGCCACUGAGUUGUUGAAACUUCCACUCUGCUGUCACAUGUGUCACAAAGAGCUCCCCACUAUACCGGCUCUGAAGGAACAUCUCAAGUCUCACUUUCCCAGAUAAGAAGGUGACAUCAACAAGAUGCAAUACCUCAACUGUUCAUGGUUCAGCAUACAAGUUUUGACACAAUAGACCUUAUUUCUUUCCCCUCUAUGUUUUAUAGUUCAUUCAGUAUUAUGUAAUCGUGUGACAGGGACAUAGCAUUGAUGUUCACCUGUUAAAGUCAUUUAUUUAUGGUUUAAGGAGAAUCACUUUACAUAUUGAUGUAGGAUUACGUGAUUCUUAUUUUUCAAAAAUGUUCAAAUACGUUGUAAUAAAUGUUUUGUAAGAACUAAA